GAGGGUCGAGCAAAACUUACGAGUGCGAGCCAGCAUAUGGAGAAAUUCUCCGCUUUUCGGGAUCCAGGCACCGGAAUCCAGCCAUUUCUUACUCCGGUUCCCCCGCUUGGAUCAGAUUCGUAUGGGUGGUACUUAUUCCCGUUUCAAUACUUGCUCGGGGUGGUCAGGUUCAUACUGGUGGUACUCCUCACUCUCUUGUAUCUUGCUCUCGUGCAAGUACUUUGCCUAAUUUUGGCCCCCGUACCCCCUUUGUACCGUAUCAUCACCUGGUUCUUCACUGCAAUAAUCACGCGCCUAGCAUUGUUAGUUAUAGGACUAUGGUGGAUACCCGUAGAGGUUGUGACGAGGAAGCGCGGUCGGAGCACUAAGGCUAAGGAUUCCUGGAAUCCCACUGCCGGCGACAUCAUCGUGUCUAACUGGGUCUCAUGGACCGAACUUCUAUGGCUGGCAUUUAGAUUUAACCCGAUUUUCCUUAUACCUGUCGCAUCGGCGCACCCUCAGACAUCUCAACCGCUAGCUUCUUCACCCAUAAGUCACACUCCAGGCCGCCGGACCGGAACAGGAUCUGCUGCCAUUUCCUCGCCGAUGACUAGAGCCCCUGUUCCGCGUGUACCGCUGACCGGGUUUCGCCAAGUUUCACUCAUGACUAUGAUAAAAUUCACCGGAUAUGCACCGUCAGACGACUCGUCCACCAAAUCUGCUGCAGACAGCCUCGAUGACAUUUUGGCGAGAGCUGACAGACCAGUGGUAUUGUUUCCGGAAUGCACGACAAGCAAUGGCCGAGGAUUACUAAGAUUCUCGGAUGUUUUACUCACUUUGAAGGACAAGCAGAGUAAGUUGUUCUUGAUGUGCAUUAGAUAUGACCCUCCAACAGACCUAUCGCCCAGCCUGGCCCAUCCUAUUCCGUCCAGUCCUUUAAACCCCUUGGGUCAUCUGUUCACCCUGUGCGCGUCGGUGAUUCCUUUGACCAUGAUGAUUCGCCUUCUGUCUCCCGCAAGCUUUGAACCAGCCGAUCAUUCGCCUGGUGCGAGGAUGGCCGAAGCCGAAGAAGCUGUAGCUUCGAUUGGCAAGAUCAAGAGAACGGGGAUGGGUUGGGAAGACAAAGCUGCUUUUCUGGAGUUCUAUUGGGGCACGAGGAAGUCUAGAAGAUGAGACGUAAAUGGCACGUAUCCUAUCACUGGACUGGACGUCCCUGUAAUAUCUCCUUUCCGAGACUGCUGUCCGGUAUUGAAGCGGAUUACCGAGGAUUUCACCGGACUAAAUAACAGUGCUGACCUAUGCAUCUUC